UUUAUCGAAACUCCGAUCGAUUCAAAGUUGAAGCUCUCAGAAGACACGUGAACCAUGGCAACGGCGGUUGGGAUCGGAGAAGGAAAUUCCGGUGCCGGUGGUGGAACCUUAUCGGAACUUUACCAAAGCUCGAGACGGCUCUUACUCAAGUCUCGAGAUGGUUUGGAGAGGCUCGAGCGUUUCGAGUACACUUCGUCGUCUUCUUCUUCCAUGCUACCGUCAUCUUCAUCUUCGAGUGCUGUCAUGGCCGAUCCUUCAGAACAACCGUUUGAUGCAGUAAGACAAGAUAUCGCUCAGAUCCAGUCUCUUUGCUCUAAGAUGGAACUUCUCUGGCGAUCCAUAUCUGCCAAAUCCCAGCGUGAUCUCUGGAAAAGAAAAGUGGAACAAGUGGCUGAAGAAGCUGACUAUUUGAAAGCUAGUCUGGAUAAAUAUAAUUUAAGACAUCAGCGACGUAUGCAAGAAGCCCGGGAGAGAGCAGAACUGAUUGGGAGAAGUAACGGUGAUUCAUCCCAUGUUCUGAGGAUUUUUGAUGACGAAGCACAGGCGAUGCAAUCUGCUCGUAAUUCAUCCAGAAUGAUGGAAGAAACCUUGGCAACAGGUGUGGCCAUUCUAUCUAAAUAUAGUGAGCAAAGGGAUCGUUUGAAGAGAGCUCAACGUAAAGCACUAGACGUGCUCAACACUUUGGGGCUUUCAAAUUCUGUAAUGAGACUCAUCGAGAAGAGGAAUCGCGUUGAUAGAUGGAUCAAGUAUGCUGGAAUGGUCUUAACAAUAGUGAUUCUGUUUUUCAUUUGGAGGUGGACAAGAUGAUUGGUGUUGUGGACCAUUUAGCGAGCAUCUUUUCUUGUGGUAGUAUUGAGGUAAUGGGACUUUUAGUCCCCUUUAAAGGAAUCUGGGGAAAUUUGACUUGAUACUUGAUAGCCAUUUUGAACUCGUGAAGAAAUUGAUAAAGCAUUGCAAUGUAGAAUAUGAAAACGUCAUUUUUGGAAACUUUACUGGUGUAUUAAUGGAGUUCAUACAGAAUUAUGUAAAUAAUUACUACUCUAAUUAAUUGCAAUU